AUGAGCGACCUCCUCAACUACAUCCUCACACAAGAAGACUCCUUCAGAAAGAACCGCCUCCCCUCCCUAUACUCCGACUUCACCCUGCAAAAGAAGACGAACCCAGAUGGCUACGCUGUCAAUGUAGCCGCAUGGGAACACGCCCUGACAAGGGCAGCGAAACGAGGUCACUUAGGGACAUCGAGCUCACAUUCCCGCGCGCCAGGCUCGACGACUGCCCAACGAGUGAAAAGUGAUCAUUUGAUAUUGAGGACGGACGAUUCGCUGCUGCGGGAUCUGGAAAUACCCGAUUACGGGCGACCUGUGGCUAUCGGUGCGGUGCUGGAUGAGGCGAUUCGGAAGCAUACCAUGGUCCCGCUGCAGCUGUACAAGGCUAGUGCGGCGAGCUUGCGGAAAGGCCAGUGGGGGAUCAUUGAUCCUGGGGUCUUGAGUCCAUGGAAUGUGAUGGCGUGGGGGAUGAAGCAGCUGAGAGGCUUCGUUGUCGGGAGCAGUCCAGAAGCCGCGCAUCGCUUGCAGGUUCAGGAGCUGGUGCUAGUAGAGAAUCUCAAGGAGGCUGCAGAUAUGAUAGUGAAGCAGGCUAUCAGUGGUACUCCAAACAAAAUGGAUCUUGUCUACUCCAAGGGCCGUUUCAUAGCGGAUUUCGGAACCGUGUUUACUAAAGACAGUGAACUAUCCAAUGCUGACUUCGAUGUUCUACUACUCUAUCUAUCACGAGAUAUUGGUGCUAUCGCAUAUGAUGGCAGGACAAUCAGGUUCAGACCCUCGAAUGAUUCUCCACGAGAAAUUACCGAGCAGGAUACGACGAUUGCUUCUAUCAAAUCUCUCAUGUCGACGAUGACGGAGCAGAUCGAUCAGCUGGAGAGCAAGGUUGAAGACCUAAACACAACAGCGAAAGUCGCGCUGCAGAAGAAAAAUCGCGUUUCGGCAUUGGCGGCGAUGCGCUCAAAAAAGCUUGCCGAACACAAUUUAAAGCAGAGACUGGGUACCAUGACACAGCUCGAAGAGGUUUAUUCAAGAAUUGAGCAGGCCACAGACCAAAUCGAAUAUGUCCGAGUCAUGGAAGCGAGCACGGGUGUGCUUCGCGGGUUGCACACUCAGAUUGGUGGCACGGAAAGGGUCGAGGAUGUGGUUGAGGAGUUGCGUGAAGAAAUGUCCAAGGUGGACGAGAUAGGAAAUAUCAUGAACGAGGUGGCUCCUGAGAUUGAUGAGACUGAGUUGGACGAUGAGCUUGAGGAACUGGAGAACAGAGAGCGACAGGCCAGGGAAGAAAAGGAGGCUGAGGAGACUCGCAAGCAACUCGCCGAGCUAGAUCACCUGGAACAGAGAGCCGCGGAGGCUGCGCGCCGGGCCGCAUCAGAGCAGGAGGUAGAAUCGGCAAUCGAGGAGAGCAUCGGAAAGCUUUCUCGUAUGUCGGUUGAGGAGAAUGCUGGGACCAUGGCUCAGUGA